AUGUCCCAGAAUUCAAUAACGUCUGCGUGGGAUCAAUAUCUAGAACCUACAAGUUCUUAUUCAACUUUACAAACUUCUUUGAUUGGAUUAAAUCGUCCUUUAUCCAUUAGAGGAUUGGGUUCAGGUAAUAAUGAUGUUGGGUCUGGCUCAAGUUCUUCAGAUGAUGAUUCUUCAUCAAGUUCUUCAAAAUCAUCAUCAUCUUCGUCCAGUUCAUCAUCUUCAAGUUCAAAAGAUAAAGAUAGUGAUAAAUGUACUGGUUCAAAAGCAAAAUGUGAAACAGGUGUUGAUACUACAAAUGCUGAAACUAUUGGUUUAUCAAUCGGGAUCCCAUGUUUUGUUUUCCUUUGUAUUUUAGGAUUUUUCUUUUAUAGAUCAUAUAAAAAGGGUAAAAAAGAAGCUGAAUCUGAUAAUGAUCCAGAUUUUUAUGGUGAAACUACAAUCUUACCAGAUUAUCCACAACCAGGUAGAAAACAAGGUGAUAAUGAUGAUAUGUCAUUUUAUUCAAAUCCAUUCGGUAAUGAUUCUGCUCGUUAUCCAAGUAAUAUCUUAAAUAAUAGUGAAAUUUUAAAUCAAUCUCAAAAUAGAGCUGGCUCCACUAGAGGUACUGUUAGAGCUGAACCUUAUUAUGAACCAUAUAGAUUACCAUAUCAACAUAAUAUUGGUUCUCAUGCUUCAUUAGAUGAAUUUGCUAAAGAAAUGGGAUCUGAAUAUCCAGCUUAUAAAAUCACAUCUAGACCAAAUUCUCCAUAUACAAAUAGAAGUGCAAAUUCAAGUUCUUUAAAUAUGACAAAUGGAACAACUAAUAAAAUUCCAAGAAAUUUAACUGAAAAGACUUAUUCAAUUGAAGAUCCAACAACUGAUUCUUCAAAUUCUUAUCGUGAAUCAAAAGUUAAUACUGAUAAUAUUCUUGGUGAUUCAAAUACUUCUCCAUUAGGUAAAUCAAAUCGUGAUAGUGAUAAUUCUGAUUCUUCAAAUGAUCAAUUCCAAGAUACUUAUGAAAAUUUAGAUCCAAAAUCUGCUCGUCGUUUAUCUCAUCAAAGACAAGAUAGUGAUGUUUCUUAUAUUGAUGAACCUGAAGUUUUAACAAAUUCUUUUAAUAAUCAACAUGAUGAUUUAGAAAAUGAUCAUGAAAUUCCAGCUCCUCCACCAUCAAGGAAACAGCCACAACAAGAAGAACAACAAAGUAAAAGUUUGAAUGUACCAACUAUAACUACAUCAACUGUUCCAUUGAAAGAUUCUGAUGGUCCCGUAGAAGAAGAAGAUAGUGAAGAUAUCAAAAGAAUGAGAAGUGUUUAUAGAGUUUAUUUUGAUAGAGAAAACUCAGUUAGAAGACCAAGUCAAGGUGAUGCAUUAGAAUCAGAAGUUCCACCAUUACCAAAAAUUGAUACAAAUGUUAAUGAACCAGAAAAUGUUUUCGAAGAUGAUGCAGAAGUUGGUAAUGAUUCACUUGGUAGUUUAGAUCCUAAACAAACCAGUUCAAAUAAUUAUCUUUCAGCAGCUCCACAAUUACAAGCUGAUGGAACAAGUUCAAAUGGUAAAAAAAACAGAGCAGUUUCAUCAAUUUAUUCAACAGUUCCAUUAGCACAAUAUGAUGAAUAUCAACAACAUCAACAUCAACCACAACAACCUCAACAAGCUUAUUAUCCACAACAAACUCCACAACAUCAAAUGUAUCAACCACCAUAUUAUGGACAAAGACAACCAUCAUCACCACAAGUAUCUCAAAGAUCUUAUGCUCCACCACAACCUUUAAAACCAUUACAAACAGUUCCAUCACCAAGUAAGAUAAAUUAUGAUUCAAUUGUAACAGAAACAGAUUUCGCACCAAAGAAAUCAUUAACAAAUAAUUCUAAACCACAAUUAUCAAUCAAACCUUUCAAUCCAUUACAUGUUUCAGAUCAAAUUUUUUCACCAACAUCACCAAUUUCACCAUCAAUUCAACAAUUUCAACAACCUUCAUCAUUUAACAAAAGAGAUAUUACACCACCUUCACCACAUCAUAUUAGACAAAGUAUUGUUAUGGUUGAUCCUGUUGAAAUUGGUAAAAAAACAUUAUAUAGACCAGCAGGUUCUUUUACACAAAUGCAUAGUGCUAAUAGUUCAAGAAAUGGAAGUUUAACAAGUCAACAUGCUGCAAUUCCAGGAUCUCCAAUUUCAAGUCCUUAUGGUCCUGGUCCAAUGCAAGCUGCUCCUUUCACAUCACAACAUACUUAUCAAUCACCAAGUUCUGAAGAAUUACCGAGAUCUGGUAGUAAAGCUGAUUUAAGAAAUCAAUUAGGUACCAGUGAUAAUUAUAGAAAUAUUAACAUUUAA